AAAAAAUACUCUGGCUUUCACUCUUUAACAUCACUUUGACGGAAUCGAGUUUCGCUGUAACAUGGCUACAAGAUUCCUCAUCUUCCUUUUAGUGGCAGCGCUUGCCUCUGUUACCUCCUCCAAAGCUACCAUUCGACAGGGCGCUGAAUUUGAACUCGAAGAUACAUCGGAAGGAUCAGCCGAAGGUUUCGGAAUUGAAAUUGAAACACUUAGCGAACUCGAGGAAUUUGGUGAUGGCCUUAUGAAACCAGAUUUGUGCUUUUUCGUUCACCAAGAAAAUGGUAGUUACACGUGGAAGUGUGAAGACAGAGGUUAUCCCGACAACAGCCUUAAGGACGUUGACUUACUCGGGACAAUAGGAAACCCACUUCCGAUUGGCGUAUCGCUCACGAAAGGACCUUACACGAAACCAGCAUUUCACUUUCGGUCUGGAGCGAAUGUUGGACGUUUCGCUCGCUACAUUUUUCCAAAGGGAUUUUUUAAAGAAUUUUCAAUCAGUGUUGUAAUUCGCCCAAAAUCUGCUGAAGGUGGGGUGGUAUUUGCUCUUUUGCCGCAUAUCCGCAGAGGAAAUGUCAUUUUGGGACUUGAGAUUCACAGAGACUCCUUUUCUGAAGGGACUACAAUAAGUUUGAUUCACGCAAACAACGGAAAUACGAGAACUGUUUUUAAUUUUACCGUCCCUAGCCUGACUGGCAAAUGGACUUGGCUCUCUUUUAGUAUUAGAAAUAAUGGCGUCACGUUUUACAAAGACUGUAGAGAAGUUGACACUAAGUUUUUACCUGCGGCUCUGGGUAACUUCACCCUUCGACCCUACAGUGCUUUGUACAUUGGUAGAGCUGGAUGGACUCCGGGGGCAUCGUCAAGUGCUUUUCAGGGAGAUAUAGCAGAACUGUCCAUGCACCGUGACCCCAACAAGGCCCAGCAUCAGGAGUGCAAGAUAUUAACAACAACAAGACCUCCAGUGAUCUCUACAACUUUAGCAAAGCCCUUACAAGCACAUCCACCAUCCUUGAGGUCCAAUGCAAGUAUACCAAAAGUAUCAACAAACAGUUCAAGUAUUGUCGACUAUCUGUCAACCACGAAACGUCCGACUGUACGGAAAGCUACUGAAGGCAGUGAUCAGACGAUCAGUGGCGGAGAAGAAGUGACGCGAGCGGCUUUAACCUCAGUGAACAGUUUCUCCACCACAGUACGACCAACUUUAAGAGACAUUACUGAGGGUAAUGAUCUUAUAACCAGUAGGGGAGAGGAAGGAACAGAGGAGGUGAGCACCGUCGAUCUUGUCUAUUUUACGGAACGAACAACGUUACGGAAAGCCUCUGAAGGAAGGGAUCAAACAACUAAAAUUUUAACUGAGGACGCUGACUCUAUAUCAAGUGGCAGAACAGAGCUUCUGACGCAAAGCACAUCAAAGACAACUGAUGAAGUAACAACAGAAACUUCACCAAAGGAGGAUACUACCACAAGCACAAAACCAGUGACUGUUUCUGUAUCUUCUUCCGCCCCUGGUAUUACCACUUUAGAAGACAAUGGUGCUGCUUCGAAAACGGAAUCGACAACAGGAACACAGCCACUCGUAACAGGGACGAGCGUUCCAGCCACAUCCUUGCCAAAAGGUACCACUGAUGCAGCUACGGAAGCGAGCACCGACAGUGUUGAGGACAAGUCAACCCCUGGCCAAGAGAAAUCCUCGCAAAUCCCAAAAACAGAUAGAGAAUCGCUUUCAACAACAGCAACAACAACAUCCAUGAGUUCAGAUUCUAGCUCACCCUUAGUUACUAGUCCAACAUCGCAAACAGCAUUAAGGCUAAGUUCUAGAUCACCAGAGACCGCUUCGACCAUUUCUACUCCUUCAAAGACCAAAACUGAACCUCCUUUUACCCAAAAAAUUGACCCUGACGAAGAAAUUGUGGUUGCUAGGAUUGAAGGGGAAACAGACAACUCUACCAAAGGUUCUAUUUCAAAUAAUUUAGAGUCCACUUCUUCUAGCGUAGCUAAGACAUCCACCGUCAGCACUGAGGCAUCAACAGUUGAAACUCACACUGUGUCUACAGUUUCUAAAACAUCUGAGGUACUGUGUAAACACGUGCUGGCUGCGGGAUCAAACGCGACUUGCUUACGUGGACCCCGCGGGCCGCCGGGAUUGUUGGGACCUAAAGGAGACAAAGGAGACUCAGUUGUAGGCCCACAGGGACCGAGAGGAAGACUGGGAUACCCAGGGCGAGAUGGAGUGAAAGGAAAAAAGGGUGCACGCGGGGAAAUGGGACCAAAGGGUUCUCGAGGUCGACCGGGACGACCUGGGCCAGCAGUAUUCUUUGAUUCUGAAGAAAUUGUGAUCACUGUCAAGGGACAAAAGGGAGAACCGGGACCCGAGUAUACAUUUGUAAAGGAAAUAAACUGCGAUAAGGAUAAAUGUGGCCAGUACAUCCAAGGUCCAAAAGGGGAACCCGGGCAAAACGGUAACCGGGGUGCCCCGGGAACUGUGGGGUUACCUGGUCCGCCGGGAACCCCAGGAAAACCUGGAGUGAUACUUGAUCCAGAGACAGGAUUGCCUGUUGAUCCUCCGAAGGGUGAAAGAGGAUACCCAGGAAUGGACGGGAUGGACGGACAGAAGGGAGAGCCCGGACCGGAAGGACAGCGAGGAGUAAUGGGUCCCCCUGGACCAAAGGGCGAAAGAGGGGUUACCGGAUUGAUAGGUUUUCCCGGAAUGACUGGGGCACCAGGACCCAUCGGACUACCAGGCAUGGGUAUGCCAGGGCCACGAGGUACCCCGGGACGAGAUGGCUCGAAAGGAGAAACAGGCGAUAAGGGUCGAAUGGGCGAUCGAGGUAUUCAGGGUCCAAAAGGAAUGGAUGGUCCAAUGGGAGAUGAUGGAGUUCCAGGACCCCCGGGAACGAAGGGCUCUAAAGGGAACAGCAUUAUGGGCCCACCAGGUCCGCCAGGACCACCAGGGCCCAAAGGGGAUGCAUCCAUGAUGGAGGUGAUUCUUAGACCCGAGAAAGGAGACCAAGGAGCUCCGGGUCCACCAGGACCCCCAGGGGAUUCAGGUGCAUUUGAGGGCAUUAAGGGAGAACCUGGACAAGCUGGGGAACCUGGAGCGAAGGGUGAAAGAGGAGUUGAUGGAAGGAAUGGAACUAAAGGACAGAAAGGAGAUGCUGGUACCUCCCCUGGGCCUCAAGGUGCCAAAGGAGAAAAAGGCGAGAGUGGAGAUUCUUGUAAUUGUAACUUUACCAAAGGGGACAUCGGACCCAUGGGUCCUCAGGGACCCCCCGGUCUUCCUGGGUUGCCGGGCAACAAUGGAAAGAAUGAAAGCGGGGAGCCAGGAGACAAGGGGGAGCCUGGGCCAAAAGGAGAAAAGGGUAAACCUGGGUCUUUAGGCUUUCCUGGAAUGAGAGGAAAAAAAGGAUCACAGGGAGAAGAAGGACCGCAAGGGCCUGUGGGGGAUCCCGGAGAGAGGGGUCAGAAAGGAGAACAGGGCUCUCAAGGAGAAAACGGUUUGAAAGGAGAAAAGGGAGAUCAAGGCGUUGGACUCAAAGGUGAAGCAGGGGAGCCUGGUGAGACUGGUCCGCAGGGCCCACCAGGACCUCCCGGUCCAACCGUCCCAGCAAUCACCGAAAAGGGAAGCAAGGGAGAGCAAGGAAAUAACGGUUCUCAAGGAGAACGAGGACCGCAGGGAGAAAAAGGCGAGCAAGGGAGUAUUGGUUUUCCCGGUAGAAAGGGUGCCACAGGACGACCAGGCCCGAUUGGAUUUCCCGGUAAGAAAGGUGAACCAGGCGCUCAAGGCCCCAACGGUGAGGGAGUGCCUGGAGCCCAGGGUCCCGCGGGACAAAAGGGUGAGACAGGAUCCAAAGGAGACCAGGGAAAACGCGGAACCAUUGGAUUUCCAGGUUUAAAGGGCAUAAAAGGCGCUAAGGGUGAUGAGGGUAGGAAUGGCACUGAUGGGCAGAAGGGGGAGCCUGGUGAAAGCAUCCAGGGACCACCUGGGCUUCCGGGGCCUCCGGGGCCCCCUGGUGUAACAACGGAGACGAAUACUGGAGGAGAAUCAUCAGCUCAGAUUUCUGCACAAAAAGGCGACAAGGGUGAUAUUGGAAGGAUUGGUUUUCCGGGCAAGAAAGGAGAAAAGGGGACCAUCGGGGAGCAAGGCAUCAAAGGAGAGAAAGGGGAAGAAGGACAGGACGGAAAAACCGGAAGAUUGGGAUUCCCAGGGAAAAAGGGAGACCCGGGGGAAAAGGGAGAGCGUGGAUUUAAUGGAACGACAGGACCUCAGGGCAUUACGGGUCCGCCCGGUAGCCCUGGGGAAGUGGGACGCCAGGGGCCCAUUGGUUUCCCUGGACGUAUAGGCAACACGGGUACCCCAGGUUCUCCCGGGCCCCCGGGACCUCCAGGAACCCCUGGACACAAGGGAGAACCUGGUGAAGAGGUUUCCAUCGGAUCCACAGAGGGAGUGAAUGGCAAUGGAGGCAAAGCCAAAGGAGAAAAGGGGGAUCAAGGCGAGAUUGGCAAACCAGGUUCCCAGGGAGAGAAAGGAACAAACGGAACCAACGGGAUAAAAGGAGAAAAGGGGGAACAAGGAGUUGGUGAGAAGGGUCAAAAAGGUGAUAAUGGCAUCGCAGGAAAGAAGGGAGAGGCGGGAGUAGGAGGUGAAAAGGGGACCAAAGGAGAACAAGGGGUCCAGGGAAAACAGGGACCUGAAGGUCCCGAAGGUCCUCAAGGUCCCCCAGGAGAGACUGGUGAAUCAGGUGAUCCAGGGGAGACUGGGAAUACAGGACAAAAAGGACAGAAGGGGGAGAGUGGAGACGAUGGGAUAAAGGGAGAACCUGGACAAGCAGGGAACGAUGGAGUCAACGGAACCAAGGGGAGUAAGGGUCAAAGAGGCGGCCUAGGUUUCCCCGGACUCAAAGGUGCAACAGGAAGCAAGGGAGAGGCUGGAAUACAAGGAUUGCAAGGAUUAAAGGGAGAGCCAGGGAAUUCAACUGAAGGACCAAUGGGACCGCAAGGACCGUCGGGAAUUCCUGGUAACCCAGGCCCUCCGGGACCACCCGGAAUAUCUGGUCCUCCUGGGACCCCAGGGAAAGAUAGCGAUGUUUCUGGUCCUCCGGGGCCACCAGGACCUCCAGGACCCCCUGGAGAAAAUGCAGAGAUUGGCUUUACUAAUGGACAGACAGAUAAUUCAGGGGUGCUGGUAUUUGAUACCCAAGACAGACUUAUCCGUAUUGUAGAGAAAGUGAAACAAGGCACCAUGGCUUUUGUCAUCUCCGACCAGAUGUUAUAUAUAAGGGCCUUACGCGGCUGGAGAGCGAUCACGCUUGGUCCAACCAUCUUCGCGGGUCCAACAGAGGCUUCCCAAACGACGAAACUCUCCACUACCAAGCCUCCUACGAAUCUCAUUUUGUCUCCAGCAAACGUCAAACUACGAGGACCAUAUGUGCGCAUGGUCGCCCUCGAUACACCGCAGACCGGUCAGAUGCACAGCGUGAGGGGUGUGGAUGAAAUGUGCUGGCGGCAGUCCCGUGCUGCCAAUUUAACCGGAGCAUACCGAGCUUUUAUUUCUAACAGGCUCCAACAUGUUUAUUCAAUCAUCCACAGAGAGGACAGAGAUCUCCCUGUUGGCAACCUUCAGGGAGAUCAGCUGUUUCCUUCUUGGAGAUCCUUAUUCAAGUUACAAUAUGCAUUUAAUCCUGAUAUCCCAAUAUAUUCAUUCAAUGGAUCAAACGUUCUAAAAGACCCAGCUUGGCCCCUCAAGCACAUCUGGCACGGAUCGCGAAAAAAUGGCCACAAGUACCGAUUUAAUUGUCGAAGCUGGAUGAGCAGCCGCUCCAAGGACUCCAGUACGGCCUCGGCCUUGAAUGGCCGAGAGCUAGCCUUGGCCGAGCGCGAGUUUCCUUGCAGCAGUAAUCUUGUGGUGUUGUGUGUGCAUAUAAACCCCACACUACGCCGCCGAUACAGAUCUCGCCAUAAAAAGGUUUUGUGAAGAAUUGUUCAAACAGAUAUGUUCAGAAAAAAAGAGCAAAAGGAGGAGAUUGGGCACUAGUCAAGUUUUGGCUCACCAUUGUGCAGUCUCCGAGGUGUCGAUAACGCACCAGGAGACAAGCAAGUGCGAAAAGAAUCUGUUAAAAAAAAAAAUUAAUUUGUUAUUUCAAUUCCAUUGGACGAAUGUAUUAUCAUAUUUAUUUUCUAUGAAUCCUUAAGCAUUUUAAAGAAAGCUUUAAUUAUUUUGCGUUAUAAAUAAUAUGUCGAUAUGAGCGGGUGUUCUUAUCCGCGCUUAAGAAAGAUAGGGUGCCAGGUAAAAACGUUAAUAUUUUUAUAAUAGUUGAUGGAUGGGACAUGUUAAUGGAUUCUCCAUAAAUACGUUUCACAUAGACUGAAAAUUAUUUUCAAUAAUGCUACUAUUUCAUAAUUCUCAAUCGAGAGACAAUCCCUCUUGAUCUCAUAUAAGUGGUUCGCAAGUGUCUAUCAGUAAUGCGUCAUAAAGAAUUCUCUUGGUUUUUGAUUUGAUGAAACCAUGGAACGACGAGGAUAGAAAAUGUUAAAAAAUAAAUAUUUUUUUGCUGUAUAUUAAUAUAGGUUUUUUUGACUCACUAUUUUGCAUUCAAAGAUCGUGAGCUACAUUAAUUGGGUACAGCCUUGAAUUAAUUGGGACAAUCUAUGAAAUACUGAAGAUAAAUAAAUUAUAAUGUGAUAAGGUCCCAUGGAACCUAAAUUGUUAUUCGUGAACAGGUCAUAUUUUGUUUUUAAUGAUGUGGAUAUGACUAUGUUUUAACUAUGUCUGUUUCUAAGCAGGUGACUAAAUGUUUGAAAUACCUAGAAAUGUUACAUUUUUUAGAUAAAAUAAUUUCUGUAUUUGCUAUAAUAAACCUAUAUGUUAUUGGUAAAUUCUAUUUCCAAGAAAAAUUUUCAUCUUUAUAAGGCUUUCUAGCAGUUAACCUCAAAGAUAUUUUGGCGAUGUCCCAUGCAGUUCUUCACGGCUGGUGGCUGGUGGUGGAAACAAACUCUCCAAACUCCCUAGAAAGACAACACUGCCUUUAGCGUGUGUCAAUAGAAAGAUUUGACAUCGAUAUCAUUGCGCAUAAAUACUCGAGAAGAUGUCAAGUCUCCUGAGGCAAUUGCAGUUUAAUCACUAAAUCUUUAAUCUGAGGCAGAAAAGCGGCUUGGAAAUUUCAUCCGCGGGGCCAUUAGCUGUCGUGGUUUGUGUUAUGGUAAUAUGUUACGUCACAGACUCGGACUUCGAUCUCUGUUCAUAUUUAAUUUCAGUUCUUCAGAAAGGAGGAAGACGUCUCUUUAGUACACCGGUCACAAAACCGAACAACCAAUAACAACUGUCUCGCAUUUGCGGAGCUGCGGUUUGUUUCAAGGUAGUGAUCGGACAAAGUGUAGUCAACAGUUGCAGAAACUACCAAAAAAAAUCAACAGUCAGAUUUUCUUCGCAGCGGGGACACGGUUAGUGUUAAGGGAUACGAGUAAAAUUUACAAAGCAUCUAUGAUGACUUAGCUCCCAUACAGUGACAACUACUUGCGUGAAGCGUUAAACGUGAUUUAUGAAAUAUAACGCGCUUAAAUACAAAGUGCCACGGCUCCGUUCUAGUUCCACUGCGAGAUGUUCGGAUUUUUUUCUGCUCAAAAUUGUGCAUUGAAAUCGUUGAUAGGGAUCAUCAGUAUGCAAGUAUUUUGCAUAAAGGUAACUGAAGUUGAUCGGCGUGGGUUCGCAACUUUUUCUUUUUGAAGG